GAGGGCGUCACUCGGUGGACGUUGGGGUGGAGAGACCAGCCGAGCCGAUUGACCACUGGGGAUUUUUUUCCCCGGACCCUUCAGUGCCCGCGGCCUGUGCUGGGAAAUAGUGCGAGCACAUGGGGUGUGCACUGCCCCCUGCCUCUGGGACGCCCUCCUCCGCUAGGAGCACUGGGGUCCGACCCUUCCCUUCUAGUCCCUGCACCUCCCGGGGCAGGUGGCUCGAUUUCUUGGAUGAAUGAGACACAUGUCCUUAGAGGGAAAACCUCAGGCAGACCAGCAGCUUCCUUUUAAACGCUGUGUCUGGUUCCAAAGGGGACCAGCUCUAAAGGAGAGCAAAUGCUUGUUUCGUAUGGACUCCAGUGUGGUGUGUUCUGGAUUGUUCUGCAGAAGUGCAUGGCAACCGUUAGAAACCCGCCCAACCCAUGCUUCCCGAGCCGCUGGCCUUGGAGGCCGUGUCUCUGUGCAGUGGCCUGGGCGUGUGCCUUGGGUGCAGCCGGACCGUGAACCCAGAGACAGAGGUGCUGGCUCGGGACGGCCAGGGUUGGUUUUUGUGUUGGAAAGUGUCCCCGGCAGCCAAGUGCAUGAGCCGAGGGCAAGUGGCGUCUCCAACCAUGAGGAUGAGUGAGGAGUGUGGUGACGGCCUAGAGGCCAGGCUCUCGACCCUGACGGGGUCUCUCCUGAGUCUAAGGGUCAGGAGCUGCCUGGGGGACUGGGCCUGGGUCCGCUUCGAGCGUGUCCUUCUGGAAGGGGGGAAGCCAGGACGGAGGGGCAGGCGAGGCCGAAUGUGAGCCCCGUGCAUCCCCGGGUGCAGCUCCCCUUUCUUGCCCCCGAUGUGCCAUUGGGCUUGUCUGCUGGAGCAGCAGGCCGAGAGCACUGCGCCGGAUGCUGGGAGGCCUUCUGGCCGAGGGAUGUCAGGGAGCUGCCUCCACAGGGACAGGCAUGUCUGCCGUCCCUCCCUGGCGCGGUGCAGACGGCCCCGGUCUAGUCACAGGGACCAUGGGGCUGCUGUCGCCCUCCUGGGGAGCAUCCUGCUUUGCAGGGCACCUGAGCAUCUGCCGAGCGCCUGGGAGACACAGGGACCACAGGGAGCAGAGCGGGGAGCACGGCGAGAGAGCGAGUGAGUGGUUAGGUGGGUGCCCCGCAGCCCCUCCCUCUGCCGCCUGGCACCUCUCGUCCUUGCGUUUGUAACUCCUUUCUCAGAACAGUCGUCUGCGCUGUCUGUUACCCAUUCGAUGUGCAUUCGCCACGUGCUAGAUGUGUGAGGCGCCCUCGGUCCUGGGAGCCCUGCCCAGGGCCAUGGGGAGCUGCACCAGGGGCUCCGGGCAGGAGGGGAGCAGGGCAUGGCCAUGGGUGGUCUCCGCAGGAGGUCAGACCCCAGCCGGCUCCCAGCAUUGCGGGAGAAGGCCGUGCUCCACGUGACAAGGACCUGCCUGUGGUGUGUGCUGGGGUCUGGGGGUGAGGCAGUGCUGCGAAGCUGCCGUAGGAGCCCCGCAGUGAAGGGCUUCGCCCGCCCGCUGGGAGCUUGCCCCCUGGUCUGCUCAGCUGCCUCUCGGUUCCCAGUCUCUGGGGCCGUGAUGUAAGCGCUGUGCUUGCGGAAGACUCUGCCGUGUCAGAGGGGGAGGGGGCGGCUGAGGAGGGUGUCAAUAGAAGAGGAUUGGACCCCCCCCAGCAGAGACAGGGCAGAACCGGAGCCACGUGACAGGGAGGUGCAGCGGGUGUGGCAGCUGCCACUGCAGCAACAAGGGCCCCGAUAGCGGGAGCGUGCCCAACCCCAUGGCCUCCACUUGGGGGCUCCGCCCAGGGCCCAGGCUGGCAGGAAAGCACGUCUGCGACAUUAUAUUUGGAUGGCAGACAUGGGGACAAACCACAUGCCGGUGGACGCUUCUGCGCUCUUGUCUCAUGAGCCAGGACCAGUCCUGGUCCAGCUUAAAGGGCUGCCCCGUCCCCAGGUUGGUCCGCUGCAGCGCUGGGCUCAGGCGCUGGGCCCCCUCAGCCCCUUGGGCUCUUCCUGCUCAAAAUCUGGUCCAUAGGCCAGCGGCCACGCAUCCCCCGGGAGCUCGUUAGCAUCUUAGCCGCUGCCCCCCCCCAGAAUCAAAACCCGCAUUUUAAUGAACUCCCCAGGGGUUCCCCCAUGGCAGCCACCCCCCUUGUUACAUCUCCCUGUUGGCAGCCCCCAAGGGCGUGCUGAGGUCUCAGCUGCUGAGGGCCUGCUCCACAUAUGAACAUGAGUGUAACACACAGCUUUCAAAGGUGCUCACUGACAGACAGGUGGACGGACAGGGAGAGCCGUGUCAGGCAGCCUCUGAGCACCCUACUUUCCAGCGCGUCUCCUCCAGUGAGGGGUCAGGUCCAGACCCCCGAGGCUCCACGUGCCCCGGCCAGCCCUGCCCCUCGCCCUGCCGCCUGCCCGGCUUAGGGACAGCGCUGAGCGCGGGGCUCCCGCAGGGAGGGUUGAGACGGGCGGUGUGGGCUGGAGCCACUGCAGGAAGCUCGCUGCCGCUGGGCUGGCAACAGUUAACCGGCCGAGGGCAGGAUAGGUGAGCCGGCCGUGGGCUGCGCAUCAGGCCCCUCAAACCCCAGGCCCUCGGGAGCUGCCAGGCUGCAUCUGCAGAGCCCCAGGGGUGUGCGUCCUCUCGCAGGCGGCCCAAAGAUGGAGCCCAGCCGCCUUCCUUUGUGCGCCCAGAACGGGCAUUCUGCGAGGCAGGUCGCCGCCUCCUGACGCCGGCGCGUUGGCGGCCGCAGCAUGACCUUAAGCCUCAUCUCCGUGCUGUCGCAGGAUAUCUCCGGGCUGUGGCUCCUGCUGAAGGCGAGCACAGAUGAAAUCAUGCACCAGGACAUCACCCCGCUCUGCGCCGCCGACAUCCAGGACCAGCUGAGGAAGCGCUUUGCCUAUCUGUCCGGCGGGCGGGGGCAGGACGGCAGCCCCGUCAUCACCUUCCCGGACUACCCGGCCUUCAGCGACGUCCCAGACAAGGAGUUCCAGAAUGUCAUGACCUAUCUCACCAGCAUCCCCAGCUUACAAGAUGCUGGCAUUGGGUUCAUCCUGGUCAUAGACCGAAGGCAGGACAAAUGGACCUCGGUGAAGGCAUCAGUCCUGCGAAUAGCAGCGUCCUUCCCGGCAAACCUCCAGCGCGUCCUUGUCCUGCGCCCAACGGGAUUUUUCCAGAGGACCCUCUCUGACCUCGCUUUCAGAUUCAACAGAGAUGACUUUAAGAUGAAGGUACCGGUCACAAUGCUGAGCUCAGUACCAGAAUUGCACGAUUACAUUGACAAGUCCCAGCUGACGGAGGACCUGGGCGGGACCCUGGAUUACUGCCACACCAAGUGGUUGUGUCACCGCACAGCCAUUGAGAGUUUUGCUGUCAUGGUGAAGCAGACGGCUCAGAUGCUGCAGUCCUUCGGGACAGAGCUGGCCGAGACGGAACUGCCCAACGACGUCCCAUCCACAAGCUCUGUGCUCAUCGCACACACGGAGAAGAAGCACAAAGCAAAGGAGAACAUGAGGCUGGCGCUGGACGAGGGGCGGAGCAUCCUGGAGAGCAUCAGGGAGCCUCUGGCCAGGAGCACGGAGCAGAGCCCGAACCAGGACCAGCUGGACAAUCAGACCACCGUGCAGAGGCUCCUGGCCCAGCUGAAUGAAACCGAGGCCGCCUUUGAUGAGUUUUGGGCAAAGCAUCAGCAAAAACUCGAACAGUGUCUGCAGCUCCGGCAUUUUGAGCAGGAUUUCCGAGAGGUCAAAGCCGCCUUGGACACGUUGGCCCAGAAGAUAGUGACCUUCACCGACGUGGGGAACAGCCUGGCGCACGUGGAGCACCUCCUGAAGGAUCUCACGAGCUUCGAGGAGAAGUCCAGUGCAGCCGUGGAGCGGGCCCGCGCCUUGUCCCUGGAGGGUGAGCAGCUCAUCGGCAACAAGCACUAUGCGGUGGACUCCAUCCGCCCCAAGUGCCACGAGCUGCAGCACCUCUGCGACCAGUUUGCCGCCGAGGUCGGGCGGAGGAGGGGGCUGCUCGGCAAGUCGCUGGAGCUGCACAGCCUCCUGGAGGCGUCCAUGAAGUGGUGCGAUGAAGGCAUCUACCUGCUGGCCUCCCAGCCUGUGGACAAGUGCCAGUCCCAGGACGGCGCAGAGGCAGCCCUCCAGGAGAUCGAGAAGUUUCUGGAGACCGGCGCAGAAAAUAAGAUCCAGGAGCUCAAUAAAAUUUACCAGGACUACGAACUCAUCCUCACCCAAGACCUGAGGGAACACGUGCAGAAGGUCUUCCAGAAGCAAGAGAGCAUGGAAGAGAUGUUCCACCGGAGGCAGGCGAGCCUGAAGAAGCUGGCGGCCAAGCAGACGCGGCCCGUGCAGCCGGUGGCCCCCCGGCCCGAGGCGCUCGCCAAGUCGCCCUGCGCCUCCCCAGGUAUCCGGAGAGGUUCUGAGAACAGCAGUUGCGAGGGCAGCGCGCAGAGAGGGCCCUACAGGAGGGCCAAGAGUGAAAUGAGUGAGGGCCGGCAGGGCCGAGGCAGCUCCACGGGGGACGAGGAGGAGAGCCUGGCCAUCCUGCGGAGGCACGUCAUGAACGAGCUCCUUGACACGGAACGGGUCUACGUAGAGGAGCUGCUGUGCGUCCUGGAGGGCUACGCUGCCGAGAUGGACAACCCGUUAAUGACACAUCUCAUCUCAACAGGCCUUCAAAACAAGAAGGAUGUUCUAUUUGGAAACAUGGAAGAAAUUUACCACUUUCAUAACAGAAUAUUCCUGAGGGAGCUAGAAAACUACAUAGACUGCCCAGAGCUGGUCGGAAGGUGUUUUCUAGAAAGGCUGGAGGAGUUCCAGAUGUACGAGAAGUACUGUCAGAACAAGCCGCGUUCCGAGAGCGUGUGGCGGCAGUGCGCCGACUGCCCCUUCUUCCAGGAAUGCCAGAAGAAGCUGGACCACAAGCUGAGCCUGGACUCCUACCUGCUGAAGCCAGUCCAGAGGAUCACCAAGUACCAGCUGCUGCUCAAGGAAAUGCUGAAAUACAGCAAGAGCUGUGAGGGGGCCGAGGACUUGCAGGAGGCGCUGAGCUCCAUCCUGGGCAUCCUCAAGGCCGUGAACGACUCCAUGCACCUCAUCGCCAUCACGGGCUAUGACGGGAAUCUGAGCGACCUGGGGAAGCUGCUCAUGCAGGGCUCCUUCAGCGUCUGGACGGACCACAAGAAGGGCCACAGCAAGGUGAAGGACCUGGCCAGGUUCAAGCCCAUGCAGCGGCACCUGUUCCUGCACGAGAAGGCGGUGCUCUUCUGCAAGAAGAGAGAGGAGAACGGGGAGGGCUAUGAGAAAGCGCCUUCCUACAGCUACAAGCAGUCCCUGAACAUGGCGGCGGUUGGCAUAACAGAGAACGUGAAGGGCGACGUGAGGAAGUUUGAGAUCUGGUACAACGCCCGGGAGGAGGUUUACAUCAUACAGGCACCAACUCCCGAAAUCAAAGCGGCGUGGGUGAGCGAAAUCCGGAAGCUGCUGACCAGCCAGCUGCAGGCCUUCAGAGAAGCCAGCCAGCACCGCGUACUGGAGCAGUCCCAGAGCCUGCCUCUGCCUGCAACGGCCAGCGCAAGUCCCUCGAAAGGGAACACAAGAAACGUCAAAAAGCUGGAAGAAAGGAAGACCGACCCCCUCAGCCUGGAAGGAUACGUGAGCUCGACAUCGCUGCCAAAGGCCCCCGAGAAGGGCAGAGAUGACACGGUCACUAACUCUACCUCAGAAAGCUCUGCACUUUCCAAAAAGCGCUUUACCCUGCAGGGUUUUGCUAACCUCAAAGGUCAGAAAGCUUCUCCCACCAGUCCUGACAAAAAAGCUAAACGGCACGAAGUAAAGAGCGACCCCACGCCUUUUGGUUUACGAGGUUGGAGCAAAACGUCUCAGCCCUCCGAGGCCCCUGAGGACAACGACGGCUGGUCGAGUGCUGAGGAGCCCCUUAAUUCCUCGGACGCAGAGGAAGAAGGCGGAGUGGGCCCCAGGAAGCUGGUCCCGGGGAGGUUCACAGUUGUGGCGGAUGACGAGAAGGGCAGUCCUGACACGCUGGUCAUGAGGAGCGGGGACCUGGUGGAGGUGGUCCAGGAGGGCGAGGACUGCCUCUGGUAUGUCAGGAACCUGACCUCCAGCAAGGAGGGCUGGGUGCCGGCCGGCAGCCUGUCCGCGCGCCUCGGCAAGUCCAGCUCAGCUCAGUGCUUGAGCAGCUCAGAGUCCAGCGCAGGGUCCACCCUGCUGAGCAGCUCCUCCAGCUGCAGUGAGAGCUGCGGGGUCCCCCUCUCAGACCUGCAGGGGUAGCGCCGCCGGCCGGCGCAGGACACCGCCUGCGAACCUCUAAGUUUUCCUUUGCUUGGGCUUGCUUAGUUUGGUGAGGGGCGGUGCUCUAAGACGCCCUGGAAAGGAGGACCCUGCCAAGACCCCAGCGAGGAGCCACCCGCUGCCACGGGACCUCUCAGUGCAGGACACGGGCGUUCAGAGGGAAGGUUCAGGAAGACUCUGCCCUCCAGCCCCCACGCCAGGACCCCAUCCCAGGGCGCAGAAGCCAGUUUCCAGAGGAAGACCCGUCCACCGAGCUUCCUGGGAAAGUCUGGAAUGGAUGGGGGAGCCGCGGGCCAACAGACCACCAGUGCAGAAGACGCGAGGCAGGGACAUCCGACCGGCCUCUGCCAGGCGGCGGGGGAGCCCGUCCCAGCCACGCUGCUUUGUUUCCGGCGUCUCUGGUCUGGUGCUUUCUGCAGGGAUGCGUGUCCUUUGGGACUGCUCCCAAAAGCAAUGACCAUUUCACUGACCCAACAGCUGGAGGAGAGAGGGGUGGGGGCUAUUGUGUCUUUUACGAGUUUCUUUUUAAAGCAGGGAUUAAUCCCACGGCCAUUUUUCGUGGUACGUUGGUCUCUAAUCUUUACCAAGAAUCACUGUGUUUACAUGAAAUGACAAUUUGAUACUGUAUUUGAUAUAAAACUAUUUUUUUGUUACUGGGGGUUCACACUGCAGCCCAUUGUUUAUACUGCGGCUGGUUCGGGGACUUCGCGGGAACGGUGCACGUUCCACAGCCACCUGGUCACAGGGGGAUGAGAACACGUCCCCAGUAGGAUCAGGCAGCGUUUCUACAGAUGAGCAGUUGGAAACCAAGCAGAUUCCUUUACCUUGUAGGUUAAUUUUUUAAAGAAAACUUGAACUAUAAUUUAAAAUAGUAACCUUCUUUUCUACAAAAAGAAAAAAAUGGGGAACUCUUGAUUUUUUUAAACUAGCUUCACUGGAUUGGGAUAUUUUUAUUGUUUUUAAAGAAUAUGUAAAGAUGCAGUUUCUGCAGGGUGUCGUCUGAACCAUGCUGUCACCCGAGCGCCAACCGCCACCUCCUGCGCACCAUCAGGCCGCCUAUGUGUCUGUGUACAAUCACCCUGAAAACAGGAAUUUAAAGGUGCAGAGUUUAUUUUAUUCAGAUCAAGGCAGAACUGGAAAGAAAACCCUUCUGUUUCACCUGUUUUUGUGUUUCAGAAACGAAUUCUGUUCUUCAGAAACUUUGCGUGUCUGGUUGAGGCCGCUGUUUUUACCUGUGUGUAUAUAUGUUGACGUGUGUACAUAUGUAUCGAUGUGAAGGGUGUAUUUACAGGCUCCCUGCUGCUGGAAAUGUGUCACUUUACAGCCUUCCCUGAGCCCCGGGCCCUCUGCAGCAGGGCCCACAGGCCUCCUCCCCCGCCACCUGCAAGGCCACCGCAAGCCAGACCUCUCUGGAGUGGGUAAUAAAGCAGAAAACGUGCGAGACUCGGCAGCUGUUCUCCUGGUGUAUAAGUUAUUUACAAAUGGAUGUGUCACAUAAUUAACUGAUACGUUGAUUGUUCAGACUCCGUUCCUGCCAUCUCAGCCUGGGAUGACCCGCCAGUUUUUGUGAUCUCUUCUUCAUAAAAGGCACUUUAAACCUCGUGUUUCAGCCACUGUCCCUUUUUUUUUUUUUUACUGCUGAUGUAAAUGAAAUUUAAAAGUGAGAGUUCUUUAUUGUAUGGAUGGAGUUUGAAUAAACAUCAGCCGCA